GGCAAGAUCCGUUUAAUCGUUCACAGUGUACGAAGUAUGUAUGCAUGUACUUGGUAGAUAAUAGCAGCCAGUAUGCCUCAAAAGUGAUGAUCUUAUUUCCAUCUUCAUUCCAACGUUCACUAUCAUUCUUUUGCGCAUCACUGGCGGGUUGCUUUCCACAGUCUUUACAGCGUCUCUCCCUAUCCCAGCAAAUCUAACUAGCAACGAUGCAUUUCUCUCGUUACCUGGCCCCGGCCGUCUUCGCCUCCGCCGCCGUCGUCGCCGAAGAGACCUUUUGCGGUGCCCCCAACGACUAUGAAGUCCUCAUGGGCACCCCUUGGAUCGUCUACUCGAUGAAUUACGCCUACCAGGCCAUCAAGGGAUCGGCCUGCACCGGCUACUACGGCACAUCCGGUUCUGGCGAUGCGCAGCGGAUCCAAUGGAGCAGCAUCUGGGACAUUGAUCCCACGUACCAAAAGGACGUCGUCAAGGGAUACUCCUUCAUCGGCCUGACCCAGAACCUCGAGACCAAGCUCAGUGCCAUCCAGAGCAUCCCCAGCACCUACAGCUGGACCGUCUCCAACUCUUCGGCUUACAAAGGCAACGUCGUCUACGACUUCAUGACAUCCGACACCAAGGGCGACAGCACCUCCAGCAACGCCCAGGAGCUCAUGCUCUGGCUCCGCUGGGAGGGCGGACAGGUACCCAUUGGCUGGGCCGAGGGCCCGACGGCCACGAUUGACGGGCUCUUUGGCAAGGACGGGUGGAAGCUGUACCAGGGCAAGAACACCGACACCGGCAUCACCGUGUCUUCGCUGCUUGCUCCCACCCAGUACGGCGACCUGGAGAAGGGCUCCUUUGAGGGAGACAUCAAGGACUGGCUCCUCGCGCUCUCCAAGCAGGGUGUCUUUUCCGAGAGCACCUACGUUAACGUAGGAAACGCUGGCCAGGAGCCGUACUGGGGCACUGUCACCUUCAACAACACUCUUGGCUUGAACAUCAACCUUUGAGAAAAAAGCAAGGCCGGGGUAUCUGCGUGAGACAGCUAUAUCGGUUUUCGUUUCUUGUACACAUUCAUCUACAUGUUCAAUGACGCUGAUGGACACAUGUUAUGCAGCGUCUCCAGCUUUCGCG